AUGCUACUGCUGCGCCGUCUGACUGCGUCGAUUUUCGGUGUCCAUCCCGUCAGCCCUGCACUGGGAUACAAUUGUCCCCUCCCGCGAGUGGGCAGCUUACCUGACCCUCUCUCGGGCGGUUCGAUCGUGCCGUACGAAACCCCCAACGCGGCGGGCGCACUGCACACACACACGCACUCGAUAACCGCCCUUUACCGCGGAAGCCUGGCGAGAUACCACUUGGUUCAAAUUGCUUUUACGCGCUUCCGCGGGGGCGGCCGUGAGAUUGCCGCUUGGCGUGGGAAACUCAUUCGGGAAAAGCGGCUUUUCAAGCGUGCAGUGUGGACGAACGUCAAAUGUGCCUUUGUGAGGCUUGUUCAGAGGGAGGACUUGUGUACGGGUUGUACACAUGGCGACCGCCGGACUUCCGUGUGGGAGCGGGGCGGAGGUGAAGGGGCAGGAGGACGGAUGCGCUCGGAGGUGCGGGAGCCGGAAGGCACUGAGAGAUCGACAGUGGAAGGAUUUGGGUAUGCUCUCGCUGACGGGUUGGUCAAGUCGCACAUGGAAGUGGAUGCAUUUGGCAUCAUUGCAACGAGGGUGAACACGACUUACACGGCCGUGUACAAGCUCAUGACCGAGGACGCGGGACUAAGGACUGAACAGGACCUCGGCUGA